AUGACAGUCCAUCUUCUUGAUGCCACUAAACAUAAGAAAAGUAGAGUUGCAGGAUUCCAGGUUUCAUUCACUCUAUCAUUCCACCCUUUCCUUUUGCAGAUUCACGACAGUAUUCGUGAGCACGAUAUGACUGAUCCUACCUAUAUGAAUAAACUAGAUUAUCAGGUACAAGAAGAUUUGUUUCAACACCACCCAAUGAUUAUUGUCUGGGGUAAUAGACCUUUCAAUACCAUUUGGACAGGCCCUGUUGAUAUUGAUUUAUUAAACAAGAUUAGGUAUGAACCAGGUGUAAGCUCUCUCAAAGAUAUACUAGAAAAUGAAAUUAAUAAAGGUCAACAAUUCUUUAUUAAAGACAAAUCAAACUUUAAAGUUGAUUCUCUAUUUAAAAAAACAUUUAGAUUCGAAAAGAAGUGUAGAGUCAACACUGUGUAUAACUGGAGUAGAUUGUGGAAUAUACCAACGAUUUUUGUCGGUUGCAAUGAAAACGACACGAAAGAUAUAAAUACAGCAAUUUAUGAUAUUUUGGAACAAAGUCCAUAUGGAAUUAAAGGUACACCUGGACAUUUGCUAAGUAUUAUCAGAAAUCCAGUUAAAAUUUGGGUAGAAACUAGGGUCCUUGCACCAAACUGUACUUGUGAUCUCCUACGUUAUGAAAAGCAUUAUGAAAUAUCCGAUGAGCUUCUAGAUCAACUAAUACAAGUACAUCUUAAAAAAAUAGAAAGGAAGCUGAUUAAAGGUCAACAAAGGGGGUUUUAUUACUUAUUAGAGUCAGUCCCUAAAAAAUUUGAGUUAGAAUUGAGUGACUUUGAUGAUUGCUAUUCUCCAACUACCGAAACAACUUUCAGGUUCGAUAUUUCAACUGAGAUAGUAAUUACAUCUAAAAGAAUGCUUAAUAAAGGAUCUGAUGGGAUCUAUGAAAUGGCAUAUCUUCAACCACCAAAAUCCAAAAUGUCUACUGACCUGAAAUCCCUCUUCAAAAGCGUUUAUAAAAUUAAAUAG